GACGAAUGUAGCUUCUCCAAACAUCGCAGCAUCCACCGGCAGUACUAAUAAACGCAUCUUCAACUUCGGCUCCUGAAGAUCAAAACCACCCAUGAGAACAACAAGAGCUAUAGCACAAGCCUUACGUGCCCAUACAACUGCGUUCCGCCGUCCACAAAACUACUGCAUCCACGUUCCCCACCUACAAGUACGCGCGAUGUCAGACUCCACCAACUCAGCAAAUCCGUCCACUCUACAGGAUCCUCAGGACCAGACAUCGCAAGAAUCCAACAAGACCCCACUACCUCUUCCGGCACCCACGGCUGAAGAAGGUACCACGCAGAUCAACGUCGGUGGGCAAGCGGUCAAGCUGGAUCAUCUAGGCCCUCUGGUAGUAAAUAAGGAUGGCACACUGUCACGCAUCGCAAAUUGGGAGCAGAUGGCGGACAUCGAGAAGCAGAACACGUUGAGGAUUUUGGUGAAGCGAAACCAGUUGAGGACAGAGGCUUUGCAGGAGAAAGCGGAUGGGGAGGGAAACGGGGCUUGACUGAAAGCAUGGGUCACGGGCGGAAACACAUGUACACGUAUCGGGUA